UCUCACUCUCCAUCUCUCUCUCUCUGUCCUACCCACCCUCCCCUCCUCCCUCUCUCUCUCUCUCUCGGCUGUCCUUGACGGUGCUCUGUGGCAGAGCAGAGCACUGUAGUGCUGGGUUGUGCAGGAGGAAGCAAGCAGCCUGUUUUUGCCCAGUGGAUACAUACUGUUCUGUCUCUUUCAACGCUGCUGCCGUUACCCGGGAUACGCAGUUGGCCUGCCGUGCUGCCAGGGGAGACGAGGGCCGAUGCCAGUCUGCCAUGUCGACUGAGUGCCAACCUAAAGGGAACGCGUUUUAAAGUGCCCAUUGCGCCAUGUCUGCCACACAGCUGGAGGAGACAGAAAAUGUUUUUGACCUAAACGAGGCCAUCCCAGAGACAGAGCUGCUGGACAACAGCAUACAGAAGGGGCGUGCCCAGCUGUCCGUCAAAGCCAGGAGGCACCGCCCCUCUCGCUCUCGCUUCCGAGACAGCGUCAGUUCCACAGAGGGAGAUGACAGUCUGGAGAGGAAGUGUCUGGACAGCCCUCUGCACUCCGUCCGUUCCCCCCUCCACGCCACCCUGCGAGGAGGCUCCUCCCCUUCGCCUGAUUCGCUCCUCUCCUCGUCCUCCCCUUGUCCCACCUUACGGAGCCCCGUCUUCUCCUUCGACUCCUCCUCCUUACGGCGCUCCCCGGAGGAGGGUGGGACCGGGUCGCCAGCCCCUCGGGGGCGGUACCGCCAGCUGACCAAUGCCACGUCUCAGGAGGCCCUGGUGACCACGCCCAACAGCUCUCCCUCCAAGUCGUGUCCCAGUUCGGACUGCUCGCCUGUUUACAUUCGACGGGCACGACGCCCAGACAGUGAGGUGUUAGUUUCAGAUGACAGUCGAGACACCAGCCCGGCCGACCCCGGCAACAACAGCCUUAUCUUCGACAAGAAGACCAAGAGGAGGUUCUUGGACCUGGGGGUCACAUUGAGACGCUCCUAUGUGAGAGUCAGAAAAGACAAGUCAAACAGACUGUCAAUGGGAAGCCGAGAGCCAUCUGAGAGCCCGUCCAGGUCCUCUGGCUCGUUCGUGCCUUUCUCCUGGUUCACUGACAGCGCCAGGGGCUCCGUGUCGUCCGGGGCAACCCCGCCCUGCUCCCCCAAACUGGUCUCACAGGACUGCAGCCCCCGCAAGUCCAACUCCCAGGAGUCUGCCCUGAGUGAUGAGUUCUCUCCGCCCCCCUGUAGUCCUCCCCACGCCUCCAGUGGGACCACAGCCGACUCAUCCUCCCGCUCCUCACAACGCUACCAGACCCUCUCCCAGUCCUCAGACGAGCCUGUAGACGAGCCGCUGUGCCUGGUUUCGUCGUGGAGCACCCAGCAGGUGUGCCAGUGGCUGAAGGGGUUGAACAUGGAGCAGUACAUCCCAGAGUUCACUGCCAGGGACAUCGACGGGGAGCAGCUCCUCCUGAUGGACGGCACCAAGCUCAAGGGUUUGGGAGUGAACAGUUCGACAGACCGCAGUGCACUGAAAAGGCGGAUCAAAGACAUUCACGCAGCAGCGGAAAAGGAGCGCAAGGCCCUGGACAAACUGGAACGCCAGAAAGAGAAGCAGCGCAAGAAGGAACAGGAGCUACGGAAGCUAAACACAAGCUAGACAUAACCACCAGAUGGCGCUAAAUGACCACAGAAAUACUCCCGACUAGAAUCUGGUGCUGGUGCACCAUCUCCAAUUUUCACAUUAUCAUGAUAGCAUUGAUGCUAAGUGGAGUUUUGUGCAAAAAGUUGGAAUUUGCACAUAGACUUUUGUACUGUACUUCCGGUUUGGAUGUGAGUCUUUGAACCCUGUGAUGGGCGGGACAGUGUGUUGUCUAUCACUGACACAUGAUAAAUAACAGAAUGAAAGCUCCAUGCUCCUCAUGUCAAAGGGCUUUAUUUUAGACCAAGUUCGGAACCCAAAGUGGGCAUGUGAGAGGUGGGUCGCGAGUUAGGAGAAUACAUCUAUAAUCACUCACUAUUUCUUCUUAAUUUGGGAAGUUGGAGGACAAUAUGGGUCACGGCAGGACUGUCAAUUUCUAAUUUGUGUCCCGAGCUGAAAAAGUUUAAGAACCCCUGUUUUAGACUAAUCAGUGGUUGACGCCACAUGAUAGGUCCCGCCCAUAUUGGGGUUCAGACGUCACAUUCGCCCUGGCUAUGAAAAAUGUGUUCUUCUUGGUCAAAUCAGUAAGGUUAUCCACCCUUGUGGAAAAUCAGACUCAUAUUUUGUUACUGGAAAUGAGUAUGUGUUAUAUGUGACUUCUACACACAUUCAAUGCAUUGACAAAGUCAUACUUUUCCCAUAACUUUUGACCAUACACACAUACAUUCUAGCAAAUUACACACUAUCAAAACCAAACCCAUGGCCUGAGUUAUUAUAGAAAUAAUAUAAUUACAGAAAUUAGCAUUUAUUUAUUUUACAAAGAAUAUAAACACCGAAUUCAGCUUUUUUUUUUUUACUCAUAAGCACAAGCCAGUAACACCCAACCACAUUCAUAUUGUAGUAUGCAUCAAUACUCUGUAAGCCACUCUGUCAGUGGACAGGAGUUAAACUUGAAGUAACAUGAAGAUUUGUCCAGGACAUCGUCAAGAUAAGAUGCUGAUGAGACAGAUGUGAUUUUUGAGCAUAUUUGUAUAUACUGUAUGUUUGUGGUGUACGUGCAUGUUUGUGACAUAUGAUAUACUGUCUGUUUAUGUGUGUGUAAGUGUGCAUAUGUGCUAUCUGAGGUCACGACUGUAUGGGGAUGGGACUGGCUCUCCUGAAAGGAGUCUUCUGAGGUGGCCAUUUUAGAAUUAUGGGUGUUGUCAAUCUUCUGUCUCUAGUCCCACGUUGCACCAAUCGUCAUCUUAGAUGUUUUUGGAUCCUGCUGGAACAAGACAAGAAAGGCACAUCGAUCAUCUUUGGAGGAUUCAGGGCCCUGUAUAAGGACUGAUGUUGGACAUGCUAUCGAAACCGUAUCCCCAUUUUACCCCAUUUUCAUACUGAAUUCUUGGACUGGUUUGUUGUCAGAAGAACCAGUGACAUUGACAUUAGCUCCAAGUUUUACACUACAUGGUCCUUAGGACUCGUUUCUUGAUUUCUGUCCUCCCAUGAUGCGGUUGCUUCAUUUAUUUUCAACUCCUGUGUCAAAUGGAAAUAUGUAUUAAAUAUGUUUUAAAAUGCAGAAUGCAUGUCAGGACUCCCAAACCUCUGCUGCUGCUGGUCUCUCAACUCUGGUCUCUCAGUUCAACAUGUGGGCUGGUUCACACUCGGUUUGUACAACUGAUAUGCAACGCAUCUGAAACAUCAGGGGUGUGGCCUUGACGCUAGGGUUUUAACCCUAACCCAACACAAAAUAACAUUUUACUCCAACUCAAAAGAAUAGGUUCAUCCAAUUAAAAAUUGUCAGGAUUUGACUAUAACAAAACAUACACAAAGUAGCACUUGGUUCAUCUGGUUUUACUAUGGCACUUUAUACAUGUCACAUUACAAAGUCAACAUUCUGGGUUUCUUGGUUUACAUAGCACAGUAAAAGAUCAAGAACACAUUGCAUGUUAAAAAGAGAACAGGAUGAGAAUUGGAGGAAAGGAGGAUCUGGAAGCUCCUGUUGAUAGUUUAUCAGUUCUCCACAACGAAACAAGACUUGAAGUUUUUACACACACACACACACACACACACACAUUUUUGAUGCCUCUACUAAAAAUGCCUCUACUAAAAGAUUACCAGUAGCUCAGAGCGACAGAGCCGAUAUAUAGAUUGAGAACAGGUGGAGUUUCACAAAACUUCUCUGAUUGCUUUAGUCAAGUAACAACUGUUAUUUUCUCCCUUAUCUUUCACCAGCGUGAGUCAUUGGUUUUUCUUGUGUAUUACCUUGUAACCUUGAAAUGGCUUUUAACAUUGUUUCUGUAAACACCAAGAUAACAUCAAAGAAACACGUCACAUCUGUGUGUAUUUAUAAUGACGGCUUGAACCCACAAUCACACUUGGAUGAGUCCAUAUCCCACUAAUACCAGUGUCCUCAACUAGAGAGAAACUGAUACAGAACAAUUUAACAAGGACCCUGAUUACCAAGAUAGACCCCCCAACACCCUAUUACCCUAUUACCCACACUGCACCUACAUCUUAAACGUGUCUGAUGUCAGCUAUACAAGGUGCAUUCCUAUGUACACAAAAAGGAGCAUAGCAUGUUUUAGUGCACUUGUGUGUACAUGACAUCCACACAUCCAGAGUCCCAGAACUGAAGUAAUUCACACUACUGUUGAUUAGACACUUAGGGUCAAAGUUCAACAGGUUGCACUGAAGUGCUACGAGAUCGUUCGUUGGCACGGUAGGAUUUGCAUGUACAAUAUUUACAUCUGAGAUUAAAUAACUAAGCUGUCGUGCACUUCCUAAAAACACGUCCAAAUCAUAAAAUAAUUGAUCAAAUAAAGCUUUAUAAAAUAAUACUAUAUUUCACAUUCCAUAUUUCUGUACCAUUACAUCUAUACUACUGUACUAUUGACAGAGUGUGUUGGUUAAUAAUACUAUGUAUGUAUUUCUACUCAUUGUCCAGGUAUAAUGGAAGCAGGUGGAUUGGCUUUUAGAUAACAUUUCAAUAACAUUAUAAUAACAAUGGAUAGGCUUCACUCAGAAUGCAUUGUAUCAACGAGCAGAGGAAAUAGGUGAGGAAGCACUGUAAGUGAGGAAACCUUACAAAACAGUCAUGUUGUCUUUGUGAAGGAAUUGCGUAAGUGAUCUGUAGGAUUUCCUGCAGUAUUCUUAUACACGUUUUUUGACUGUAAGUCGCUUUGGAUAAAAGCGUGUGCUAAAUGGCAUAUAUUAUUAUAUUAAGAGGAAAUUCAAGUACUAGACACUGUGGGCUAAAGAAAGCUACAGAUGACACUCCACAUGGAGCCGCAAGAUGUCUGUAUGUCUGACUGACUGACUGACUGACUGACUGACUGACUGACUGACUGGCUGACUGACUGACUGACUGGCUGACUG